GUGGCCCUCCCCUUUAAGACGCGCUCACCUGGGUCCUCACCUGCGCGCGGGUGCUUCCGCAGGAAGAAGGAAGCGGCGCCUCCGUCGCCUCCCGGCGCUCCCUCCCCACCCCCCAGGUCCGCCGGCCGCCACCAUGUCCGCCUCGGCUGUCUUCAUCCUCGACGUCAAGGGCAAGCCCCUGAUCAGCCGCAACUACAAGGGUGAUGUGGCUAUGAGCGAGAUCGAUCACUUCAUGCCUCUGCUCAUGCAGCGGGAGGAAGAAGGCGCCCUGACCCCACUGCUGAGUCACGGACGGGUCCACUUCCUGUGGAUCAAAUACAGCAACCUCUACUUGGUGGCCACCACACUGAAGAAUGCCAACGCCUCCCUCGUGUAUUCCUUCCUCUACAAGAUAGUGGAGGUAUUCUCCGAAUACUUUAAGGAGCUGGAGGAGGAGAGUAUCCGAGACAACUUUGUCAUCAUCUACGAACUGCUGGAUGAGCUCAUGGACUUUGGCUUCCCACAGACCACAGACAGCAAAAUCCUGCAGGAGUACAUCACACAGCAAGGCAACAAGCUGGAGACGGGCAAGUCACGAGUGCCACCCACUGUCACCAAUGCUGUGUCCUGGCGCUCAGAGGGCAUUAAGUACAAGAAGAAUGAGGUCUUCAUCGAUGUCAUAGAGUCCGUUAACCUGCUGGUCAAUGCCAACGGCAGUGUCCUGCUGAGCGAGAUCGUGGGCAGUAUCAAGCUCAAGGUGUUUCUGUCGGGAAUGCCAGAGCUGCGGUUGGGCCUCAACGACCGUGUACUCUUUGAGCUCACUGGCCUUUCAGGGAGCAAGAACAAGUCUGUGGAACUGGAGGAUGUGAAAUUCCACCAGUGCGUGCGGCUCUCUCGCUUUGACAAUGACCGCACCAUCUCCUUCAUCCCCCCCGACGGUGAUUUUGAGCUCAUGUCCUACCGCCUUAGCACCCAGGUCAAGCCACUCAUCUGGAUUGAAUCUGUCAUUGAGAAAUUCUCACAUAGCCGUGUGGAGAUCAUGGUCAAGGCCAAGGGGCAGUUUAAAAAGCAGUCGGUGGCUAACGGCGUAGAGAUAUCGGUGCCCGUACCCAGCGAUGCUGACUCCCCUCGCUUCAAGACCAGUGUGGGCAGUGCCAAGUAUGUGCCAGAGAAGAACAUGGUUAUUUGGAGCAUCAAGUCUUUCCCGGGGGGCAAGGAGUACCUGAUGCGCGCCCACUUUGGCCUCCCCAGCGUGGAGAAGGAGGAAGUAGAGGGCCGGCCCCCCAUUGGGGUGAAGUUUGAGAUCCCCUAUUUCACUGUUUCUGGGAUCCAGGUUCGAUACAUGAAGAUCAUUGAGAAGAGUGGUUACCAGGCCCUGCCCUGGGUCCGCUAUAUCACCCAGAGUGGCGAUUAUCAACUUCGUACCAGCUAGAAGGGAGAAGUGGGAGCCUGAACCUGGGCUGUCUUCUCCCCAGGCCCCAACUGCAGACUCCACUAGAGAAGGAGGGAAGAUGGGGUGUGUGUGUGUGAGAGAGGGCAGCCCUUGAAUUAUUAGUUCGUUACUCCCAGCACCCGACUUGCUCCUACCCUUUUCCUUUACUGGUAGGCUGGGAGUGAUAUUCUUCAGCUCUCAGACUCUCACCCCUCCCCCUCCCCCAAUUUUAUAUGAAGAAACAGAAAAGGGGCUUGAAGUCCCCCUCACGAGUGCCUUCUUGCAGUGACCUGCCUUAGGAGGUGUGGGGAGUCCCUCCUCCACAGCUGCUGAGCCCAGAGGCCCCACUGGCCCAUUUCUGAGUUUUAGGAUGGCAUUAAAAAGAUGAAUC